AUGAAACGCAUUUACCCAAGGCCUCCAGUUAGCUUAUGUGCUGAGUUUUUCUUUUCCACAGGAGAAUCUCCAGCUGGGCAGCCAUCAUCCACAUCCUCCGUCACCUGCUGCUGGAGACCCAUUGCAUCAGUCUUCAUCAGUGGUCUCCUGGGAGUAGCCUGCAGGCCGGAGUGGUGGGCGUGCAGCAGUAGGCGUGCGGUCGCUUGUGAUGUGAGGCUCCAGGCUGGCGUUCCCGUUCAAGGCGCCUGCAGGCAGCUCACUGCAUCUCAGCAGGGCUACCCCACGCCCAGUGAGUACCUCUACGUGACUGGUGAGUUAUCAGACCUGGGUGAGUUAACAGACCUGCAGCGCCUGCCAGGAAGCAGCGGCGGAAGGACCACCUUCACUAGGGCCCAGCUGGACGUGUUGGAGUCACUGUUCAGCAAGACCCGCUAUCCUGACAUCUUUAUGAGGAGAGUGGCCCUUAAGAUCAACCUGCCCGAGAGUCGAGUACAGGUGUGGUUCAAGAACCGUCGGGCCAAGUGUCGUCAGCAGCAGAAGCAACAGGCGGCGGGGGCGGAGAAGACUCCGAGAACAAAGAAGGUGGCCAAGUCCCCGCCCCCCUCCUCCACACAGACGUCGCAGCCCUCGGGACAGACUACCACCGGAGGUGUGGGCGCAACCGCUACGCCACCGCCGUCAGGGGGCGGCCAUAGAGACGCCUCGCCACCUUCACCGCCGCCCUCCGUCAGCUCGGCCCCGCCCCUGCCGCUCACCCCGUCCUCCACUGCCCCGACCUCCUACAACCCUAUCUGGUCUCCAGCAGCUAUACCGCCUGCGGGAUCGGCGUCCAUCCCACCUAUGGGAGACCUGAUGACGCCGCCGUGCCUGGACCGUGGCGGCUAUGGCGGUGUAAGUCAGCAGGCGGCGGCGGCGGCGGCCUGCUACCAGAGCUACGCCGCCCCCUCUUACUACUCCAACAUGGACUACCUCACACCCAUGUCACACUCUCAGAUCAACGUCCCGGUGAGCUCCAUGGCUUCUCUCAACCCUAUGGGAGGCGGCGGCGGGCAGCAGAUGUCCCACUCGGCUGGUUCAGGGUUGGGGUCCUCACUGGUGUCCUCGUCCCUGGGAACCUCCUCGCUGGGGUCUGCGGGGUCCCUGGGGUCUAGUCAGUCUCUCAGCCCCAGGACCCCGCCAACAGUCAACUCCCUCACGCCCCUGCCGCCAGACUGCCUCGAGUACACGGACAAGAACACGGCCGCCUGGAAGUCCUACCAAAGUUUCCAAGUGUUGUGAGCUGCCACAUGAUAAAGGCCCCUACGAGAUAACCUCAAGUGAAAUGAAAAAAAAAAGUCAAAAGUUAGCAAGAAACAGAAUGAUAACUUUGGAAUGUUAACCUGCCUGCCUCACCUGUCGCUUCCACGGGCUAGCAGGUGAGGAGGGGGGAAUCGGCCACUGGCAUCACUCUGCCCUCACCUCACACGUAUCAACCCUCAGAGAUAUAAUCAUACAUGACGGGCCAGGAAGUUAAUAGUGCCAUUAUGCAGUGUUUGUGUCAGGUAAAGCUGGUCACCUGUGCUCCUCCCAUCAUGCCACUCCUCAGAUGUUCUCUCCGUGUCUCUUUAUCUACCUGGCGUCACUGCCAGGUAAACUCUCUCUAUCUACCUGGCGUCACUCCCAGGUAAACUGUCUAUCUACUUGGUGUUACUCCCAGGUAAACUGUCUCCUAUGUACCUGGCGCUAUUCCCAGGUAAACUGUCUAUCCACCUGUUGUUACUCCCAGGUAAAAUGUCUGUCUACCUGGCGUUACUCCCAGGUAAAAUGUCUGUCUACCUGGCGUUACUCCCAGGUAAACUGUCUCUUUCUACCUGGCGUUACUCCCAGGUAAACUGUCUAUCCACCUGGCGUUACCUCCAGGUAAACUGUCUCUUUCUACCUGGCGUUACUCCCGGGUAAACUGCCUAUCCACUUGGCGUUACUCCCAGGUAAACUGUCUCUUUCUACCUGGCGUUACUCCCAGGUAAACUGUCUAUCCACCUGGCGUUACUCCCAGGUAAACUGUCUAUCCACCUGGUGUUACUCCCAGGUAAAUUGUCUGUCCACCUGGCGUUACUCCCAGGUAAACUGUCUAUCCACCUGGUGUUACUCCCAGGUCAACUGUCUAUCCACCUGGUGUUACUCCCAGGUAAACAGGGCGGUUAAAGAGGACUUAAGUAUAUAGUUAGACGUGUCGACAAUAUUUAAUGUUGAGUAGCCGUAGAAACUAGACAAGACAGUAUUUUAUUUUAGUUUCACUGUCUCUUUUUUGCCACAUGUUAUGAAAACGGCGGAUAAGUUUGCUAUGGGGCGGCUGUCAAAUUCAGACAUGCUAUUUUGCCGUAUUUUCUGUCUUUCAAAAGAUGCUCACGGCAAAACAGCGUCUCUGUAUGGACGGCUGGCAGGUUGGGUGUGUUGACAGGACUACUGGCUCACGGCAACACCUCCACAUCGUUUUAUUUAUAAGCAAAGUAUUACAUUAACUUAGAACAAUUACUUGUUGUAAAUAAUUGGUUAAUGUUUUAGAAAUGAAAAUGUUUUGGACUGUUAGAUACAGCUAAAAUAAUUUAUGGUGUGGUUUAGUUUCAUAAUGUGGUGGUGAGAGUUGGUGGUAUACAGCCGUCUGUGUUGGUCGGUUCACCUCUGCGUGAAACCACAUGGCGGUAAGGAUAUCAAAUUCCGAGUUUAAUGAAUAUAUAACACAGGCGCAGCCGUGUGUAAAGAAUCUUUGUUCUAGUUCAGUGAAAUUCAGAUUAAGUUCACAGUUGAGAUGAUUAUGUAAUGAGAAUGUACGCCCUUUAUCCCGCUCAGCUGAGUU